AUGGAUAGCCUAUAUGGUGAUUUACCCCCCCCAGUAUCAAAUAACAGCAACCAAGUUGGGAAAAAUAACGACAAAAGUAGCUCCAGUGAAGCAAAAAAGAACAACUAUAUUGAAAUAAAUAAAUUUCUCAUCACGCCAGCCAUUAUCCAAAAGAAAAUUGCAAACAUAAAAAAUGUGAAUAAAGAAAUGGAUAGUGACCAAAAUGACAGGAAAGAUGAGGCCAAGAAAUAUCGCAAGCAUAACCAUAUCAGCGCAGGUGAAGAUAGCUGUGACAGUGACAUAUACACCGAUCUUGAUGUAAUUCCUGCAAAAGUGGAAAAAAUUAAAAACAUCGAAAUUAACAUAAAAAAGGGAAAGUUACAAGACCACAGCAGUGGUAGAAACAACGCAGGUGCAGGGGAACCUACAACCCUUCCUACUGAAUACUUCCAAACCGAGCUGUACGAAAAAUACUUCAUCGCAAACGCGAAUGAAGAUUAUGAUCCGAACAAACCAAACGAUUUGAACAAAAUUAUAAAAGAAAGAAAAAGGAAAAAAAUAAUCAUGCUAGCUGCACAGAAGAAAAAGCUAGAAGAGGAACGACAAUUGGAAGAAACAAACAAAAUGGACAGUAAAAAUGGACAUAAAGAAUAUGAUCGGAAAAAAAAUUAUUAUGGAUAUGACCAACCAAAUGGUGCCACUGCUGCAAGUAAAUUCCCAUUCGAGUCUGAUCAUAACAACAAGAAUUACACAAAUAGUGGAAUGCCACUACUACAUGAUGAGGAGAAAGAACGAAACAGAGGUAGUCUAUAUAACCACUACGACGUAAACGGAAGGAACUUCACUGCGAGGGGAGAAUACACUCCCAGGGAGCGCACAGAAAGGGACAUACCUUCAUAUGACGAUAAAGAAUAUGGAAAGGAAAAAAAAACGAGUGAUAAAUUUUACGAAAAUGUUAAUCGGACCAAACUAUCAGAUCCAAGUAAUGAUGAUUACAAGAAGAAAAACAAAGAAGUAGCAAAUGAUACAGGUGAAGAGGUAGCCGCUCCAGUCAAAAAAGAUUUUGCUACAAGAAUGAUGGAAAAAAUGGGAUGGAAGAAGGGAGAAGGGUUGGGAAAAGACAAGCAAGGUAUUACGGCACCCCUAAUUCUGCAAAAGGUCGACAAGAGAAGUGGUGUAAUUGUACAGGCACCUGAUAUUUUAAAAAAACAUAAAUCCGGUGAUGGUCAGGGCGACAAUAAUGAUGAUGGCAAUUCCUUUUCAAAAUCGAAUGCAAACUUAGGACAUUCUAAUCAUGCUCUAAGUAAUAACACGUCUAGGAUUAUUCGCCUGUCCAAUCUCGUCACCAAAGACGAAGUUGACGACACGCUGAAGGAAGAAAUAGAAGAGGAAGCCUCGAAAUUUGGAAACCUGCUAAACAUAAAUAUUGCCAUUGAUAAAAAUUUAACUGAUGCCCAUGCCGUUAAAAUAUUUUGUGAGUACGAAUCGAAUGAUCAGGCGCAGAAUGCUUUGAACACAUUCAAGGGUAGAACCUUCGCCGGCAGGAAAGUCGAGGCCAUCUUUGCCACCGAGGAGGAGUACCUCUCCUGCGGGAAAGACCCCUAA